AUGGGGGACACAGUGAUUUUAAGCUCAGACUCAGACUCCGACUCGGAUUCAGAUGUCAGUGAAUCCGAAAUGGAAGAUUACAGAGACAAAAUCUACCUAUCUCUCAAAGGUGGAAAUCUCAAGGUGAAACUCUCUCCUCAAGCCUUUGCAUGUCCUUACUGUCCAAACAAGAAGAAACCGAGCUUUCAGUACAAAGAUCUCCUCCAACAUGCUUCUGGAGUCGGUAACAGCAAUUCCGACAAAAGAACCACCAAGGAGAAAGCAAGCCACCUUGCUCUUGUCAAAUACCUCCAAGAAGAUCUUGCUGAUUCAGCUUCAGAAGCAGAGCCCUCUUCAAAGCGCAUGAAAACUGGCAAUCCAAUUCAAGUUUGUGACCAGGACGAGAAGCUCGUGUAUCCUUGGAAAGGUAUUGUGGUUAACAUUCCAACUUCAAAGACGCAAGAUGGUCGGUCUGCUGGUGAGAGCGGAUCAAAGCUUAGAGAUGAGUACAUCGACAGAGGAUUCAAUCCGACUAGAGUUCGUACUCUAUGGAAUCACUGGGGGUUUUCAGGAACAGCGAUGGUUGAGUUUAACAAAGACUGGAAUGGACUGAACAAGGCUCUUCUGUUCGACAAGUACUAUAGAGUAGAUGGUCAUGGGAAGAAGGACUGGUUGAAGAAAGACGGUGGUCCAAAGUCAGGGCUUUACGGCUGGAUUGCUCGUGCUGAUGACUACAACGGUACUACAAUCGUCGGAGAGAACCUGAGGAAGACCGGCGAUCUCAAGACUGUAGCAGAGUUAAAUGAAGAGGAAGCGAGGAAGCAGGAGAAGCUUGUGCAGAAUCUGACGAGAAUUGCGGAAGAGAAGAAGAAGAACGUGAAGAAGAUUGAGGAGCUGGUUUUAGUGAAGUCUGAGGAGCUUAAUCAUUUGGUGGAAGAGACAGAAAAGACUCUUGAGAAGUAUAACAGAGAGCUGAGGGUUAUGCGAGAGAGAGGAGAGGCAUACGAUAACAGGGUCCUUGCUGAUCAUGAGAAGGUAAAGAUACAGAUUGGUUUGGAGAGGAAGAAACUCGAAAUGAGAGGUUAUGAGCUGGCGAAGCGUGAAGCGCACGAUGAAACCGAGAGGAAGAAGUUGGCUCAAGAUCUUGCAGAGAAUGCAUCUAAGAAUAGUUCUCUUGAACUAGCCACAAUGGAACAACAAAAGGCGGACGAAGAAGUUAAAAACUUGGCUGAAUCUCAGAGGAGGCAAAAGGAGGAGCUUCAUGAGAAGAUCAUUAGACUAGAAAGGCAAAGAGAUCAGAAGCAAGCGAUCGAGCUAGAGAUCGCGCAGUUGAGAGGAGAGCUAAGUGUGAAGAAGCUCAUGGGACUAGACGGUGACGAUAAAAUCGUGAAAGAAGUGGAAGGCAUCUAUAGAGGUUUAACUGAGAAGGAAGAAGAACUCGCGGAACUCGACAAGUUUAACCAAACUCUCAUCCUUAGAGAGCGCAGAACCAACGAUGAGCUUCAAGAUGCUCGUAAAGAAUUGGUAAACAUUAUAAAAGAAUGGAAAACACCUAUCGGUGUCAGGAGAAUGGGAGAGCUUCUGGCGAAACCGUUCAUGGACGCAAUACAGCAGAAGUAUUGUGAGCAAGAUGUGGAGGACAGAGCAAUCGAUGCUCUCCAGCUCUGGGAAGGCUAUCUCAAAGAUCCAGACUGGCAUCCAUUCAAGCGGGUCAAGCUCGAAAAUCGAGAAACAGAAGUGGAAGUGAUAGAUGAGAGAGACGAGAAACUGAGAGAGCUUAAGGAAGAUUUGGGAGAUGGUCCUUACAAGGCUGUGACGACUGCUUUGUUGGAGAUAAAUGAGUAUAAUCCAAGUGGAAGUGGAGACGCAUGCGUGGAUUGGCUUAAGCUGCAGGAGGACGGAAACAGGACAGAAUAA